AUGGCCGAGGAGGGGCGCCUCGCGCCCAAGCUGGCAGCCCAGGCUGCCACAAGCCCUGUCCCGACCGUGCUUACAACGGGAGCGGGCAACGUGGUGGUCGACCUCGGCUCCGACGCCGAGGACGCGAAGACGAGGGAGGAGCCAGAAGAGGCUCCUGCGCCCAGCUCCUCCGCGGCGGACACCACGGUGGCGGCGCCCACCAUCGCUACCGAGGCGGAGCUCGACGACGCGUCCCGGGAUGCGCAGGCCGUGGACACGGAUCCCGCUGUCACCCAGCAGGAGGUGCCUCCUGCUGGGGGAAUGGCAACUCCGCCACCCCCACAACCCAUGGGCGCAAGCGUGGAGGAGUCUGCGGCAGGGGAGCAACAGGAUGCCCCGCCGCAAGUGGACAACGCCCCUCCCGGCCAAACAGUGGUGGCGGGGGCCUCGUCGUCGUCUGCUGCUUCCUUCGGCCCGACCUUCGGCAUCCUCGUGAGGGAGCGCCACGAGCUCGUGAAGGGCCAGCUUGGCGAGGUGCGGCAGGCCAUUGAAAGGGAGCGGCAGGAGCUCUCCCGGCUGCGGGAGGAGGCGCGCCUUGCCUGGCAGGCCAGGGACGAAGCCACGGCGCCGGUUGUCCCCGAGGCGGAGUUCCACCGGCAACUAGAGGCCCAGCGCGCCGAGCACCGGCGAGCUUUAGACUCGCGGGUCGCGGCGCACGCGAAGGCCGGGAAGGAGCACGAGGAGGUGCUAGCUACGGCCCAGGCUCGCCUUAACGAGAAGAGCGAGCUGCUCGGGGCGCUCGACGUGUGGAUCGCCCAGUUCUUCGACGAGGAGAUCGCCACGUGCGCCAGGGAUAUUACCGGGACAAUCCUUCCCCGGGUGCACCUCCGCCACCCGGACUUACCCUUCAAGACGCUGCUGGACGCUUGGUCUGACAGCGAGGACGGCCCCACCCACUGCCAGGCGGUGAGCAGGUUCGUGGAUGAGGUGGUGGACUGGAUGCAGAGGAAGCCGGAGCCCGAGCCAGAGCCCGAGCCCCCAGCGGAAGACACCGACAACUAG